AUGGUGCCUGGGCUUCGGCUUUCCUUUCUGACUCUUCUGACGUUUCGGGCGCUGAGGGCGGAGGAUGCCACCUUCACAAAGCGCUUCUCCAGGGAGGCUACACGCUUGCGUGUGGAUUUGCUGCAGAACUAUGACAAGGUUGUUCCUCCAGAGAGCGAUCGCUUGGAAAACUACAGCGGCGCUGGGACCGAUGUUGCUAUGCAAAUCAACUUCUUCAAGGUGCAAGGAGUUGAUGCAUCGACGGGUCAGAUGCGCCUCAAGGUCUGGGUUCGUAUGGGCUGGAUUGAUCAGCGCCUGAGCUGGGACCCGGCAGAGUACGGCAACAUCAGCCAGGUUCAUUUCCUGAGCCGGCACAACACCGACAGGGAGAACUCCGAAAUCUGGCUGCCGGAUGUUCAGCUGUGGAACGCCAAUGUUGGCACCGAGCUCUCACUCGACACCACCAACGCCGUUGUUCAGAGUUCUGGAAGCGUCUUCUGGAGCCGGCCAGGUUUGCUAGACACGCUUUGCAAGUUCUCUGGCUUAGUUGCCUUUCCCUUCGACCGCCUGAAAUGCUCGAUGGAGUGGGGUGGCUGGACCUUCUCUGGCGGCUUCCAAGGGAUCGAGCUCAUGGGCCAAGGGUAUGCAGAAUCCACCACGGAGGACACAGCGGGGUCGUCAUACCAGGAAUACAGCAUCGAGGCGAUCCGCAUCGAGAAGAGGACCAACUUCUAUCCAAACUUCCCCAGCGAACCUUGGACGCUGGUGAAGUACAGCAUCACCCUGAGCCGAGCCAGCUUUUACUACUGGUUGCUGAUCAUCUUUCCGACCGUGCUCAUCACCUACCUCUCCUUUGGCGUGUUCUUCAUGUCGCACGAGGUCGGUGAGCGCCUGUCCUUCGGGAUCACUUUGCUCCUCGUCGUGGAGGUGAUGAAGGGAACUGUUGCGACGUUCGUUCCUGUCUGCGGUGAGCUGCUUUGGAUCGACCUCUUCAUGCUGAUUAACACGAUCUUCUGUUGCCUCAGUCUGAUCGAAACGAUGGCCGUGCUCUUCUUCGCUUUCCACAUGGAUGAUCACUUCCUGCCCGCCUGGCUCGCCUGGCUCGCUCCCUGGUGCCUUUGCCGGCCCGAAGGCAGCAACAUUGCGGAGUCGAAUGCGGGACGAGUCUACCGCCAGCUCAACCGGGAGCAUUCCAGCCUGCUUCGCGAGAGUGCCAGCAAGCUGACGAAGGGCAACCGCCUUCAGGAGAUAUCUCAGGGCAAGCUGUCCGAGACGGACACUGCAAAGCUGAUCUUCUUCGAAAACCUCUUCUAUUUGCUCGACUCGGACUCCAACGGCUUGAUCACAGUGGAUGUGCCUGGGCGGGUACCUCUUCAGCAGACUCUCGUCAGAGUCAUGGCCAUCGACAUCAGAGUCGGCAGCUCGGUGCCGAUGGGAGUGUCGGCAUAUGUCGGCAUCAUGUCACUGAAAGCUGUUGGCCUCAUUGGUCACUUCGUCGUGGAGAACUACGGCAUCGAGCGGCCGGUACCUCUGCCUCUUCAACAGACUCUCGUUGGUCGUGGUCAUCGUCAUCAGAGUCGGCAGCUCGGUGCCGGUGCACUGUUGGGCUUUGCGGCUAUCGCCCAGGAUGGCUGGUGGGGCCCUGGCUGGGGGGGCCCUUGCUGGGGGGGCCCGGCCUGGUAUGGUCCCUACCCGCCAGCUGGCGGCGGGAAGGGCGCUGGCGGCGGGAAGGGCGCUGGCGGCACUGGCGGCGGAAAGGGCGAUAACAGGUCGACGACAAGCACCCUGAGAGGGCAGAUGAUCAGCAGACUGGAAGGCGAAGUGCAGCGCCUUGAAGGAGACCUGACGCAAGCCAGGAUCGACCUGACCGUCGCGGAGUCGGAGAGAGAUGACCUGAGAGACUCCGCUUCCAGACUCCAGCGGCAGCUUGACGAGCAGCGGACCGCCCACACUACCGAGAUCCUUGACGUCCAGAAGGCUGCUGCCGAUGAGUUGCUGGAUGCCAAGGCAAAGGCUGGGGCGGAGAUCGAGCGGCUCGGCAAGCAGAUCUCCGACAUGGCGUCGAAGCACCGCUCCGACAUCCACUCCGUGGAAGGCCGGCUGCAGACGUCUCAGCGCCUCUUCAAGGAGUCACAAACGGAGCUGCAGAAGGUCAGGGGCGAGCGCGAUGACGAGUAUAAGAUUCGUCAGGAUCUGAGGCGCAAGAUCGAGUCGCUGGAGAACAGAGAGAAGUCCCUGACGAACCAGCUGAAGGAGCAGACGGAGUUCUCAGAGAAGAAAACUCUGGAAGUCAACAACUUGAAGGCCGAGCUCCAGCUGAUUGCCAAGGGCCAGGGUAAGGGCAAAGGGAAGAAGUAG